AUGGCAUUUCUCGGGUACAAAUCCUCACCAGUUUUGGGAGCAGUCUCGCCCAGUAUCGAUCUCGAAUAUGUCAACCGCCGGCUCGAGUCUUUUGCUCACGAUCCUUCUCCGAGUCGUCCAACAAUUCUCUAUCCCGCGUCGCCUCCAUGUCCCAGCACGCCUCCUUUCCCUAAUCCGAUGAUUCCUUCUACUUUCUUUCGGCAUUGGGCGUCGCACAAAGCAAAAGAACUGCAGUCACUCGAGCCGACGAUCGAUCAUCGAUUGAGUAUAGACGACAUCGAAUAUUGGCGUACAGAAGCCCGAUGCUACACGUCUUCGCUAGGGGGCCUUGCAGAGCAGGAGCGUCAAAAUAUUGAUGAAUGGAUGUACUGGAGAACAGAAGCAACGUUUUGGAGGCAGGCCUUCUACAGUAAAGAUCGUACUACGGAUCGAUGGGACAUACAGAAUCUGCAGUAUUGGAAGACUGAAGCCCUACGACUAGCAAAGGCAUUCGAGAACAAUCCUCAAACCUCGAACAUACGUUGGCAUAUCUGCGAUUGGGUGUACUGGAGGACAGAGACUUUCCAUUAUGAUGACCGGCUCGAACAGGUCAUGCGGCAAAAUCUUGCCUUGAAAGACCUGCCACCAAAAUCAGCGCUUCAACAGAGUCCAAAUUGUAAGAAGAGAAAAGCUGAGGACGAUGGCGUGGGAAGACCUAUCAGUUCGUGGCUAGCGAAGUGGAAUGCUGUGCACAAGAAGCCCUCUGGAGACAUCACGUCCUCCUUCUGA